AUGGCGGCGGUGGGAGAAGACGGUUGCGUAUCUUGGGUGAGGCGGGCUGGGUUCUCUUCCCCGGUCUACCGCCGUCUCCACAAUUCCGGCAACCCCCCAGUCCCCUUCUCCGGCGAACCCAGUCACCGGCUCUGCCCCAGCCCCGCCGGCGGCGAUGGCGGCGUUAUGCAGGCCGGGCGGGAAGGAGAGGAUCGUCCCCACCGUCUGAAGGAGAAAGCGCGACCAUGGACGAGAUUCUUCAGUUACUUGAUGAGGAAGAGGAGGGUUCAUUCAGUAGAGAGCUUGGAAGAAAGAGAAGAAACAAGGGGACCCCCCAGGCUGUACGUGGGGUCUAGGGUUUCCGGCGGCUCUCUUGGCGGCUGCGACGAUUUCGGCGUCCUCUACCGCGGCAUUUACGGAGACCGACCCGUCGCAGUGAAGGUCAUUACGCUGCCGGCCGACGGCCUUCUCCGUGUAACCCUGAAGAUCCGGUUCAUCAGGGAAACCCACUUCCUAACUCGCCUGAACCAUCCCAACGUGAUCAAGGUAUACACCAUGAACAUCAUUCUAUGCAGAUGAAAAUAGCAGGUUUAUACAUGGAUGAAUGUCCUGACGGAUUCUGGUUGAUCCUCUGUGAAGAUGGUGGCGGCGGGGGAAAUCCUGCUGGAUUCCUGGUACAUCGCCACCGAGUAUUGCCACGCCGGCGGCUCCCUGAGAGACCUGCUCUGCCGGUCGUGGAACCGGCCUCUCGACCUGAGGAAGCUCAUCGCCAUCGCCCUGAACAUAGCUCGGGGGAUGGCGCACGUCCACGCAGAGGGGAUCGUCCACCGCAAUCUCACCCCAGAGAACAUCCUCGUCGUCGACGAAGAAUCGUCAUGCAUGACGAUAAUCGACGGGUUCGGAGGAGCGUGCGAAGAAGGACGGAGCGAGCCGGUGGAUAGGAGCAAGUGGAAUGCGCCGGAGAUGAUCAAGCGGGAACCCUACGACCGGAAGGUGGACGUGUACAGCUUCGGGCUCCUCUUGUGGGAGAUGCAGACGGGGAUGGUCCCUUUCAAGAGCAUGACCAUGGAUCAGGUGGUCUCUGACGUAGUCCUUCAGGUGCUCUCUCUCUCUCUCUCUCCCCACUUUCUCUCUCGUUCGUUCUUCUUCUUCUUCUUCUUCUUCCUCCAUGGUUUCUUGAGAGAGAUUCUGGUCGUCACAGGAAAUGAGGCCCGCCGUGCCGGCAAAAUGCGUGUCCGCCCUGGAAUGGCUGAUCGAGAAUUGCUGGGCGGCGUCGCCGGAGGAGAGACCACAGUUCUCCCAGAUUCAGAACAUCCUGGAGAGGCUGCAAGUCGCGGUGACCAUCGCAUACGAAGAAGGAUGA